GACAGAGAGAGUGAAAGAGAGAGAGAUGAAGAAAGAGCUGAAGGGAGAAAGAUGAAGAGAGUGAGAGAUAGAGAGAGUGAGAGAGAAAGAGAGAGAGAGAGAGGGAGGGAAGGCAUCACACUGCCUGUCAACCAGCCCUAGCCUGAGUGUCACACCACCUCGACGAGACAAGACAAGCCACCAUCAGCCUUUGCUUAUACUCACACACACAUAAAUACACACACACGCACACACACACACACAGAAUGCGGGGAGGCACACACACGCACAGACACACACACGCUCUCGCGCUCCUACAGUCUCACGCCCUCUAACACCCUUCCCUCUGCGCGUCUGUUUGCCGGCAGAGGCAGAGGCAGAGCCUCACUUCCACCUGCCGACGACAGCCGGGCGGUGAGGCUGCGCUCCCGCUACCUCCGCCAACCGAACCAGCCCCUGCCCCUCGCUCGCCCAGCGCGCGUCUCCGGCGGCGGAGAGAGCGAGAGAGCGAGAGAGCGAGAAGCGGGAGGAGCCAGCCGGCAGCAGCAGCAGGAGGAGGAGGAGGAGGAGGAGAAAGAGGAGAAAGAGAGGGGGGGAUGCCACACUCGUGAGUGGAACAAAGACAGCGGAGAGAGCACACCGCAACAAGCCCUCCUGCUCCACCGCUUUCCAGAGAGCAGCCGGCACAUGGACUGAGAGAGAGAGAGAGAGAGAGAGAGAGAGAGCGAGAGAGAGAGGGGGACCGGAGCGGACCGGACUGAACUGGGGGCAGGAGAGCUCGGAGGGAGGCACGUCCCGUGGACAGCACAAGCGUUCGGCUGCCCUGGUUCCUGGGUUCAGUACUUGGACAGCUCCCCGGCUCCCCGGCGAGCCGUGCGUGUGUGUGUGCGCGUACGUGCGCGUGUGAGUUCGCGCACGCGUGCGAGCCGAACGAGCGGAAUCUCGGGGGCUGCGGACCCUUCUCGUCUCGCCCCCCUCUUCACCCCCCCGCGACCCCCCUGUCCGGCGGGGGGCACCGGGAGCGCCAUGGCCGGCCUGCAGGAAGGGGAGAAGCAGCUGUUCGAAAAGUUCUGGAGGGGGACGUUUAAAGCCGUGGCCACACCGAGACCGGGGAGCGUCAUCGUCGCCAGCAUCACGGCCAGGAGGAACGUGACCAAUGCCGAGGCUCCGGCCUGCCAGCCGCUCAAAGCUGAUCAAAGCCAAGCCGAGCCGGCGGAGGUGACGCCGGUCACCGCGGAGAGGAGCAGACGCAUCAAAGCCAGGGAACGCAAACGUGGCAGCCGCCGGCGAAUGCGCAGCCUGUCUUUUGAUGAUGAUCCCACCCCUCGGCCCGCGCCCAAGGGCAAGAAGAAGAAGAAGAAAUCAGAGAGAAAACGGAGGAGGAAAAGGUCUCCCUCGCGCAGCCUCUCUCCGGUGAGAAAAAAGAAGAAGAAGAAGAGCUCUAAGAAAAGAAAACGAAACAGGUCAGCCUCCAAAAAGAGAAGGCACAGCUCUUCAAGCAAAAGAAAGGAGUACAGAAAGCACAAGAAAAGGUCACGGAGUCACGCGCACCGGAGACGACGCCACCGGCGGUCAGAGUCGGAGAGUUCCGCUUGGCGAUGCUCCAGCGCCGACAGCAGGCAUCUGCGCAGGUCUGUGGAGCGCGCUCAGUCGGAGGGUCCAGACAGCCGUCCCGGCCUCAGACAGAACGGCCACGCGUCCCAGGACCGGACGGGGUUCGAGUGGCGACCGGUUACCAAGUCGGCCUGUACGACUCCUCCAAACUUCCACUCGACACCUUCCAAUGGCAGCAUUGUGCAGUCAGAUUCUGGAGGGGACAUUUUUACCAAAAAGGGAUUCCCCCACGACAUUCUGUCCGGUCCGAACAGGGGACGACAGGACUACGACUCCGGGAACGACACGUCUUCUCCGCCGUCAACCAAAACGAACUUGUCGAGGUCGAAGGUCAACGAAGACAAAAAGAGCCCGUGCGUAGGGUUGCCCUCCCCAGAAAAACUGAGAUUCACAGACGGCGACAACGCCUCAGAUUCAGGGAAUUCGGUCACCAGUUACUCCUCUCUGUGUAAACCGCUGCCCUCGGAAAAGGGUUCGGCAAACCACGUAAAUGGGAUCAGACAAAGCAUGCCGGCGACCGCAAGCAAUGGCGUGGCGUUGGGGAGGCUGAAGUUCGGGGUCCCCACCGGCCGGGGCCCCGCCCCUCCCCGCGAUCGUUCCAGGACGUACUCGCGGAGCAGCAGUCGGAGUCGGAGCCGGAGCCGGAGUCGAAGCGGAUCCUCCCGGAGCUCCAGGCGCUCCCCCGGUUCCUCUCGCAGCCGAUCGCUGUCCUCGAGGAGGUCAUACUCCCAUUCGCCCAGCUAUGCAGCCAAAUCGAGAAGCAGGAGGAGCUCGGCCAGUAGGAGUUCCCAAAGGAGCUCCAGUUAUUCAAGAUACACCCCCAGCAGGUCCAGAGAGCCAGAGAGAGGGCACAAGAAGUACGGCUCCUGCGAGAAGCAGACGAGACGGGGCAAAGAAAGACACAGACGCAGGUCCUACUCUCCCAUGAGGAAGAGGAGGAGAGAUUCACCCAGUCACCUGGAGGCCCGGAGAAUCACCAGCGCCAGAAAGAGGCCCAUCCCCUACUACCGGCCCAGCCCCUCCUCCAGCAGCCGAUCCACCAGCUACUCCUCCUGGUGCAGCCUCUUCACCCGCAGUCGCAGUCGAACCCGGAGCCGGAGCUUGCUGUCCUCCUACCGCAGCUACAGUCGCAGCUCCUGGAGCACGCUCAGCGGGCGUAGCCGGAGCCGGAGCCGGAGCCGGAGCUACGACUCGGUUGGCAGCUACGGUCGGUCAAGGCGCUAAGCGAACGAACCCUGGUCGAGAUCGCGGCGGCUCAAUACAAGACAAAGCCCCGGGGUCCUAUACGGAUUUUUUGGGGUGCGGAUGCAGGAUACGAGCGGUUCUGCGACUGACGGCUGAACUAGAAGACGUCAACAAGGGUUUCUAGAACCUUGAGCUUCUCGUCAAUUUAUUAUUAUUUUUGUGCUCCUUAAUAGGACAACGACGUCCAUGUCAGGCGAAUGACUGUAGAUGAAGAAACAGGAAUGUAUAAGUGUGCAUUUUCCACCCCCCUUGUACCCUGUCCAAUACCACCACUCGGUGGGUGUAAUGCUGGUUUGUUCCUCUUCAGUGAUAUUUAAGGUCCUUGGAUAGACUUGUAUUCUCUUUUAGCUGUUCCAGCACCAUUAUGGCACCUUUUCCUCUGUAGUUUCUCAUUGUAAAAAAAAAAAAAAACCCAAUUCUCUGGGUUUUCCCAGAUGAUCGUUGAUAUUCGUACUAUUGAAGUAAUGCUGUUUCAGCACUGCUGCGUUAACGCUAAAAUAACAAAGGGAAUACGUACAUUUCUACAAGCGUUUCAGGUCCCCCAGGGUCCAUCUCUGCAAAAGUAUCUACUGACCACGCUCUCAUAGAUUAUCACUAAAGUCACAUGGUGGACGAUACAAAUGGAUAUAAUUCUUAAAUGUUCAGGCAUUGCUUGGUACAUCCAGACAAGUAGUUCCUCUGGAUUUAUGUUUAAAAGAAAACCAUUUCAGGUUCCAUUCGAUGUUAUUUCAUGGUUAGUUUCGCAGUUGCUUUAAGUACGUACCUUCUGUACUGUAGUUCAGAAACACUCCCAACUCAGAAGUAAGAUCUAUGGUGUUUAAACAUUCACCACGGACUCACCUUUGGCGAAUUCUCGAGAGGAGGAAGCCAGCUCUGUGCCAGAAUGGAUCAAACUUUCCAUCAACUUUUGAUUGGAUUUAUUCAUUUAUUUAUUUAUUCAAACUAGGGAUCUUAAAGAGUGUGUUCAUUGCAUGGCCAGUGGGCAGUCUGUAGUUGUUUUUUUAAUACAGUGUGACUUCUGAGGAAUCGCUCCAUAUUUGAGGAAAUUAAGAUAGCGUUGGGUUGAUGUGUGACUCAUUUUCUAUGUUUUAAAAUUUUUCUUUAAAGCAUGGCAUGCUAUAUAUUUUUUUUACAUUCAUUUCCAUUCAUUUGUCAAUGGGAGUGAGUCAAAUGGAAAACAUUAGCAUCACCGUAUACCCAACAACAGUCUGUGCUUAAUAGGAGAUUUCUCCUCUUUGUUGAGGAAUUCCAGUUCACUGCCAACAUUACAGUAUAAAACCCAGCUGUUCCGCUCUUCAGUCCAUUGUUGUAAGUGUUGUAAGAGACGCGACGUAAGAUAGCAUCUCCCGUAAAACAGAUCAGGGCAGUGUGGGCGUGCUGUGCACAAGAACAGAACCGGAUUAUUUAAACUGAGGAAGGGCAGACCGUGUGAUCUUCGAGCUGACGCUAUGACCCAGAGACGGACAGCGAGUCUGCCCCAAACUUUCAAACCUCAUUGGCCUAGAUCUGUGUCGCAAGGUCAGCUUUUUGUUGUUGCCGUGCCAACCGACAUACUUUCUGUUGCAUCUCGUCACCUUUCGAGGUGGACCAGCGUCUCCAGUGACCAAAGCAGCCAGAAGAAUGGUUUUGUCAGUGAGACAGUCAUUCAAACAUUGCAUUCGUCUUACACAAAAGUCUCAGAUCAGGAAACCGUUUCUCAACACAGAGCUUUAUUUAUUAUUCGGUUCAAUGUGUAUAUUGUGUAACUGCAGUGUUUACGAUAUUUAUUUGUCUAUUUAUUUGGAUAACCAAGAGACUGCAAAGAGCUAUGGAAACAAAGCCCCGUGUUUUUCAUUCUGCACUUUCGUUUACAUACUGAUUAGUAGGAUGCUCUUCUUAAAGUUGUAUCUAGUCAAAGCUGUUUAGUAUUUGAAAAGUCCAUUGAACGUGGCUCAAAUGGGCUGCCGUUUCUCUUUUUGGAAUUUAUGAAGGGAAAAUUAAGUUAUGAACCAGCUAUUUAAUGCAUAUUUAUUCAUGUAUUUAUUUUUGUGUAUUAUUUUUUUUAUAAAUGUAUUUAUUUUGAUGUAUGACGUGUUUAGCACAACAGGAAUGACUGCUGAUUCAGUGAUACAUAAAUUGUGACCAAGUUUACAUAGACUUCACACAAGGAGACCUUUUCCUAUGGUACACUUUCUCCUCCUUAUGUGUUAAUAGCAUGAAUAUAAUUAUGAUUCUGUUCCUCCAUUACUGUGAAUGUUUCAAAAUAGCAUCAGGGGAGACCUGUUCUAACAAAAUAGUAAAAAAAAAAAAAUAUAUAUAUAUAUCCAGGGCGGUAUUUAUAGAGGAAAUUUACUUAAGGUGGUACUACUUUUCAACCCACAUUUCACAAUUGAUUUCAUUUUAAGUUCUAGAAAAAAAAUGGAAACCAUUUAAAUACAAUUUACAAAUUUAACUUUGAAACACACCUUAAUUUCAUUUUUUGAUGAAUUGCCCCUUUAAACUUGAUAUAGUUGUUAUUUUAAGGCAUUUCUUUGGCGCUUCACUCCAAAAUUUAACGGAACACUACAUACAACUACAGAAAGUGAACAGGAUUUGGUACUGGUGGAAAGACGUUACAAUUUAAAACUGUAUAUUUUUCCCAAAUUGUAAAAGAAAAGAUGAUACUAUGUUAAAAGAUGUAAAAACAAAAUGUUACUUUUACCAAGAUGUGUUCUCUAUGCAUUGUAUAUAUUAGGAUGACAGGUAAGACUUGUCCCUGGUAUUGAUUUACAGUUUGUCAAGUAAUUUAUUUAGAGAAUUAGAAAGAAUGGAGAAUAACUGCAAAGAAAGCUAUAUUUCAAAGUACAAGUGAUAUGCUUUUUCAAGCGAGUUACCUUUUGUUUGCUUUUUGGUAUACGGUAUAAAAAUGUUGGAAUAUGAAUAUGUAUAUUUAAUGUUGUGUAAAUAAGCGUCAGUGUAACAAAAUGGAGGGAGGGUAUUUAUUUAAUUCAAUUGUGUGUGGCACUAUGGGAAAAAAUAUGAACAUGUCUUUUGGGCAGAUUCUUUUUUUUUGUAUGUAGAUAAUUCCCCAUUUCAGUGGCUCAGCAGAUGUGUGCUUUCUAAUGUCAUUAAUAGAAAGAGGGAAUAGCAAGAGAUUUUCUUAGAAAAAAUCAUAUGUUGGUUUAGAUAAGAUUGUGUAUCCAUAAGUCACAAGACAAAUUGACACUGACUGUAUUUGAAAAGCCAUUUUCACACCCAGUGUGGUGUCACCAGAAUAACAGUGGAGAAAAUUUACUUGGGUUAAAAAAAUGUCCGCUGAUAGUUUGCUUGCGCCAGUCAAUGCUUUGACAGAAAGCUCCUUCAGUUAGGGCUCUGCACCUGUCAUGGGGUCUUGUUUCUUCAAUGUUCUACUCCACAACUUUCAAAAUGGCGAUCAAGUUACUGCUCAUUUGUAGGCUAAUAGUGUGACUGACUGAAUGAUCAUCAGAGGAUCAUUCUACUGGAUUCAAUUUCAGGAUAUAAACUAUAUAACUAAUAAUUACAUAUGGGAAAUCUAUGAUUAAGAGCACAAAUAAAAUGGCUGAGACGCUUUUACAGUAUGUGGGGGUUGUUAAAUUGAUGCCUUGGUGUAUAAUUUACGCUUUGCUGUUAGUUAUUCUAAUAUUUACGGAAGUGUGCAUUCCCGAGGCAAUGCCCCUGAAAGUCAGCAUUUCAAUCAGCCAGUCAGGCAUGUGCUGUGUAAAAGACCGCAAAUAAAUUAUUAUUAUCACUAUUUUUUUUUUUAUAUAACUACUCAUUCGACGAUUAGACAGUGACUUGAUCGCCAUCUUGAGGCCGGAGGGAUAAAUGCAGGUGUGGAUCAGCGCGUGACUCAAAGAGGUCACAGCAAGCGCAAUCAGAAAACGGCCUUCUGAUUACAUUUAAUAGUGUCAUUGGAACCUAUCAAAAUUUGUGUGAACAUAAAUAUUUGGGGAAAUACUGAUACCUUUCUUAAGUGUGUGAUUUUGAGCUGAAUUUAUACUUGUGUACAUAAUGUGCCCAUCAAUCUCUCUAAAUCUUAAUCGUAAUCCAUAUGGAAUCCCCUUAAAUUUAGUCUUCCUCUUGGAUCUUGUGAGCCUGUAAAAAUCCUGAAUAAAAGCUGUUUAGAAAAAUCUA